AUGACUGAAAACCAAUCUAAGCCAAUUGAUUCUUUUGGAUAUCAAAUAAAAUUAAUUGAUACCCAAACUGAACUUGAACAUACACGUGCUAUGGUUGCACAACAAGCUAGUGAAAUUAUUCGUUUAAAAAGAAAAGAGUCUCAAGUCAUUGACUUAGAAAAGGAAUUAAACCAGUUAGAGUCAUUUAUGAAAGAAACAGAACAACAAAUGAAUGACAUUAAUUUAGGAAAUGAAAAUGAUAGACAAAGAUUAUUAGAUGAUUGUCAAAAGGUUAAACUAUUUUUUGAAUCACUCCAAAGCCAAGUGGAUACUUUUCAAUCAUUAGAGAGUCUUACUAGUUCUGUAUAG